AGCCCGAGCGAAUCGCUUGAAGGCGCGAUCGACGAGCUCCGCGAGCGACGAGCUUGCGUCACCCGGAGGAGAGAGCGGGGAGGAGGAUUGUUGGUGCUGGUGCGCAGUUGACUGAGCUGAAGCCACCGCCGCGAUGAUGGCCGCGGAGAGCCCUUCCUCUUACCCGAGGACGUCCAUCGAGGACGAUUUCAACUACGGCACGAAUGUGGCCACUGCGAGCGUCCACAUCCGCAUGGCAUUUCUGCGCAAAGUCUACAGCAUUCUUUCAGUUCAAAUUUUCUUGACUACGGUGACAUCUGCAGUUUUUCUGUACUCUGAGACAAUUCGGACAUUUGUGCAUGAAAGCCCAGCUUUACUUCUGGUAUCCAUGCUUGGUUCUCUGGUUGUGAUUGUGGCAUUAACUUUGUACAGACAUCAGCAUCCACUUAAUUUAUAUCUUCUCUUUGGCUUUACCCUUCUUGAAGCACUGACUGUUGCUAUUACAGUGACUUUCUAUGAAGUAUCUGUUGUUCUGCAAGCCUUUAUCUUAACGACAGCUGUCUUUUUGGCUCUCACUUUGUACACUUUGCAGUCCAAAAGAGAUUUCAGCAAAAUUGGAGCAGGGCUGUUUGCUUGCUUAUGGAUUCUUCUCCUAUCAGGCUUUCUAAAGCUUUUUUUCUAUAGUGAAGCAUUAGAGGUAGUACUAGCUGCUGGAGGAGCACUUCUGUUCUGUGGAUUUAUCAUCUACGACACUCAUCUGCUAAUGCACAAACUCUCCCCUGAAGAAUACAUAUUGGCUUCAAUCAACCUCUAUUUGGAUAUCAUCAAUCUGUUUCUACACCUGCUGCGUUUGCUAGAAGCAUUUAAUAAAAAGUAAUUGGGAGUUGUUAAAAUUUCUGAGAUAACCGGUAAUUUGGAUGUAGCAUCAAAAAAGUUAAGACCUAGGAAAUCUGCAGAAUGCUCUGAGAUUGGAGCUUGUUUUUACAUUCCACUGUGGUUUCAGUGUUUUCUGUAUAAAGCGUGUUUUAGAGAGCUGGUGUUUAUGAUUCUAUUCUGAGAUCAGUUAAUUACAUAUUGCAGUCAUCUUGGCUGUUCAGUAAAGGCUUAACUCCAUCCGUUUGCGUAUCGUUUUUGAUUGAAAGCCUUGCUCAUCAACCUUCAUUUGUGCUAUUAGAAUUCUAUUUUCUGCAAUAAUUGCCACAGAUGUGUCCUUUGAUAUUCACAAUUGUCACUGGCUGGAUAGCAUAAAAUGGAGUCUCUUAAUUUUGCUAUUGAACAUCAAAGCUUUAAAUAAGCUAACAUUCUAUUGCUGGUCAUCUGUGGAAUGUGAAAGCUUAACCUACUAGCAUUUUGAUGUGAAGGAAUUAUCCCACAACUUGGAUCCUCCACUUUCUAAAAUGUUUUAAUGUACUUCUAGCCAAAUGCUGUGUUUCCAAACAGUGCAGUAUUUUGAGAGAUGAAAGGAACUUUAUUACAAAAGUGGAUAAUUAAUACAAGUAAAAGAUGUAAAUUAUUUGUUUAAUGGUAGUUUCUGCUAUUUUGAAGGCUUGUAUCCAGUCUAUUUUAGAUUUGUGAAAUUUAAAAAUGUUCUAAAGCGUGUUUAUAUAUAUCACACAAAAACACCACAGCCUCAUGUUUUCUGUUGCUCCUUCUGGAAUGCUGGAGAAGUUUGAAGUACAUUUUGACCCCUUUUCCAAGGCUUGUCAUUGACUGUUAAUAAAGGGGUAAGACACUUCUGUGCAGUGGAGUGUUUACCAGAUGAUGUUUUGUGUUGAUUGUGUACUGUGAAGUGCAGGCAGAUCAGGAGGGGCAAUUACACUCCAUCUGCUCUUCUUUCGGGAUAACAUCAAGAAUUUAUGAAAAUAAAUUUUAUGAAAUGUUAAA